AUGGCCGCCAUGGCAAACCUCUACCCUUCCAGUAGAGCGGAAACGCCUGUGAGCCCAUUGCUGCAAACCGACUUCCCAUUGCCUCCCUCCAGCCACUCCAGCCUGCAACUGCAACGCCUCUCGAACCGCGGCGAUGCCUUCAAUCUAGCACAUGCUCCGCACUUCAGUUCGCCAGGCAUGAACAUGUCGCGAAGCCCCAGCAUCUCCAGCUACUCGUCAGUAGCAUGGGCCAAAGAGCCGGCAACGCCCACCAACGUGCACCCGCCGCCGGCAUACAUCGCCCCCUUCGGCGCGUCCCAGGUUGUCAGCGAGACGAAACGACGCCUCAGCGACGAUGACGGCGAUGGGGAUAAUCGGGGCUCGGCUCGAUCGAAUCGAGACGAAAUGCAGUUCUCACCUGCAGCUUUGGCCCUCGUCAAUGCCUUUCUGGACCAGCUGCUAUACUCGAUGCUGGCAACUGCCAAAUCGACCACAUUGACGGCAUUGCGACCCGCUGUGAUUGAAGUGCUCAAAUCCAGAUUGGCGAGCGAUGCCAUCAGUAGCGCAGAGGAGGAAUUGGCGGAGCUGCUGGCUGGGGGUGAGGAGGAAGAAGAGGAGAUGAAUCAGAGACAAUCUGUGGCCGAGCGACAGCGGCUCUGGGACACAGAGCUCGUCUGGAAGCGCACAAGGCUGCGCGUCAUGGUCUACAUCCGCUUAGGCGAGAUGGAGGACGAUGACGAGGAGCGUCAUGUGCGCGAAGACGAGCUGUUUCAUGGCGGCGAUCGGAGGUUUUCACACUCUACAGGACUUGUGUCUUGGGCUGCAGCCAUCUUCCUGACCUCAGUGCUGGAAUACGUAGCGGAGCAGGUGCUGCAAGUGGCCGGUCAAGCAGCUGCUAGCCGCGCACGCCGUCAAAGCCGGAGUCUGCGUGUAACAAUGUCAGCUUCCGGCAUGGUAACACCCGUGGAUGGCGUAACCGUGGAAGACUACGACAUGGAAAAGGUUGCACUGAACUCCACGCUCGGGCGUCUUUGGCGCACGUGGCGCAAGUCGUUGCGGAACCACUUACUUGGCAGCAACAACAGUAAUGGUUUACCGCCAACUCCUACGCACCUCACCAGCAACAACUUCUCUCGCCGCCUCAGCAGGGAUCAUUUUGGUGGAGCAGUAAUGAGCCCCACACGCAGCAGCUUCGGCAAUGGCCCUGAAUCUGUCUCCGCUGUGGAUGACUCUCGGCCUGCAUCUACCAGUGUGGACGACCGGGAUGGGCUCGAGGACGGAGUCGAAGAACUUCCAGAAGCACAGUACCCCGAGCAUGUUCUCGCUGCAAAUAUCCCUCUCCCCAUGGAGCGCGACGAAAGGCGGGAUGUCGAUGAAAUCGAGGUUCCUGGUUUGGCCAGGGAUCCCGACGAAGCCGAGGGAGAUGGGAGCACGACACCCGUGGAGCCAUUGCACCUGCGACGGAAGAGCUUGACCGGCUCAGCGCCUUGGAGCUUGAUCGCCAACAUACUGCAAAUCAAUGCUGAGUCCGAUGCGUCUGUUUUAGCGAUGUCAGAAACGACGCCGCCCGAGAAGACCGCGCUCAUGAGGCGGCAGCGUUCGCAGUCGGUCCCAGUGCGGUUUUCACCUGUGUCGUUUCCAGCGAGAGAUGCCCCAGAGCCGGUCCCUGCAGAUGUUGAGACUGUAGGUGCAGCCGCCGCUGAAACAGACGCCGGUCCCAAGAAGCUGCCCGAAGCAACAGAGAUGGCAUCCCAGCAUGACGAAGCGGCUGCCGGGCAACCCGCACAAAGCCAGGACAACGACCAAACCGAGCUGCCCGCCAGCGAUGGUCACCCAUUUGAUUUCUCAGGCCUGCUGGGUACUGCCGCAGCCAGCUUGACGACUGCCACAGCGGCUGCGACAGCGGUGAUGUACGGUGUAAGUCCACAAGCUUCAGCCGGCUACAAGAGAUUUGGAGGCGCCGCCGCCGGCUCAGCUGCUGCCGCAGCGGCCGCCGUGGCAUUGGUAUAUGGCGACAGCUUGCGAGCGAUGCCUUGCGAAAAGAUCGCCGAGGAUGCAGUCGAAGGCGCUGCCGUCGAAAAAUCAGGCACGGAGCCUGUGGACACGCCGAUUGAGAAGCAUCCAGAGAGAACAUUGGUCGACAAGAAGAGCAUGGUUGAUUUAAUUAAGAGCGGGCAGCUUGAACCUCCUCCAGAAGCUGAAGAUGACCAUAUUGAAGAGCGAGACAACCAGAAGCAGCUUGUGGACACAAAGCGGUUGAGCAUACCUCCUGCGAACAAGCGUACUUCGUGGGACGCCGAAAGGACCAGGUCUGCUGAAAAAGUGCCGCCCAUCGAGCCCGAGUUCUCUCGCGACUCAACGACUCCGAGGGCGGCCAGAUCUCCCAAAACCAGCCAGGAAAGCUUCGCACUCGACGACGGGAGUGAGCUGCCACAACCUAUCGUGAGACCAAGGCAUUUGUCGCGUGACAUCGAGUCAGAGCAUGCCGCGGAUGGCUCUGGCGACAUUGGAGUUGCAAGAACAUCAGAUACUGCUGUUUCGACAGGCGAGUUGCCGCAGGAGGAAUGCUACCAUGCAAGGGACAGUCUCGCGAACCCAGCACCGAAGCGAUGGUCCAAUAUCAUUCUCGCACCUACGGAAGAACAACCUGCACUUACCAGACAGGACAAUCCGCCGUCGCCCCUCGAGACAGAACCGCAACUUACAACCCCAGCCAGUUUCCUGGCGAAACGCUCUCUGACGCCGAAAGCUUUACCAUUGGAGAAGGUCAAGAAUCAGGCUGUCACGGGUGAGCGGAGCAGGUCGCCGGUGCAGCCAUCCCCAGCACGCAGUGGACCUCCAGCUGGACUCACAGUCUCAACUUCGCAAGCUCCUGCGCCUGAGAAGACUCCUUCGCCAUGGCGUCAGUCAUUCUCUGCAGCUGUAAAGGAGAGCACAUCAUGGACAGCACACUCCAGGAAAUCGGCAUCAGUAUCAGAACCCGCUUCAGCUGUGCCCGUUCAGGAGCAUCCUGUAGUCUUCAAGAUGGGAAGCAAUAAGCGAGACAGCAGACAUAAGGAGGACUCCGACAAGAACCCGCUCACCAGCGCUAGUAUCAAAGGCCCAGAGGAUUUUGAGAUGUUUGUGCAAGGUGGUGAUACAGUCAAAUACACCCUUACACCGGAAAGCGUGAGAGGUGGUCCCUCGCCUACUGAAGCCGUCCCGCGUACGCAAGCAACGAGCUCGCGUAGCACAGACAAAACGCCUUCCUCCCCGAAGAAGCAAAUUGCGGUCCCUGCUGUUCCAGUUGAGGACACACGCACUGGGAGAAGUCAGGUAUCCAAGCAAGCCACCGCGGCUUCAGAUGACGACGAAAGCCGAAGUACGAAGAGGGAGCACCGACGAUCUAUCUCCCGGCCUCCAGUUCGCAACACUAGUGUGCACCGGAAGAGCGGGCUCAUGGCCCGCGAACCACAAGUUCUUACUGAAUCUACAAGGGAUUUCGCUGACUUCAUCAGAUCUACUGGACCCAGCAAAGAACCAGAAAUCCGGCCUCUGGUCAGCAAUCGCUCAUCGAUAUCCUUACAUUCUCUUGGAAGGGAGCCCAGCAUUCAUACACCUCGGUCUCAUUCGCCUGCAGCAUCUACUCGCAGCAUGACCAGAACAGUAACUCAAGCUGCAGAUGCGCCACCUGUACCUCCCAUGCCAGCCUCAGCUUCUACCAUUAACACCCAGAAAGUCAACAUGCAGCCGAGGAAUGCGCAGAUAAAUAAUGCUGAUGGCACUUCCGAGCUGAUCGACUUCAUUCGGACAGGACCAAACGGCGGCACGGCAUCUGCUGCUGGUGAGCAGCGACAACACCGUAUCUCCAGGACCGUGGCUCCAUUCCGAACAACCAUGGACUCGGACCAGCUUCAAGAAUGGGGCGAUAGGAUCGCCGUCCAGCCUGAUUUGAAGCUGAAUACCAACAUUCCUGUCAGCAGUAUCGCACCGAGUGUGAGAAGUGCUUCCUCGGCCAAGUCAUCAAAUCGCGCAUCAGCCAAUUCCAGAUCCGCGCUGCUUCAGAACAGUAACACGAGUACAACGACUGACAACACUCACCCUGCUUACGCAGACCAUCCACCUCGAUUGACUUCAGCCACUCCGAAGACGGUACUUUCAUUAGGAGAAGCUGUGCCCAAACAGCGAUUCAGAAACAAGGACCCUUACUCUAUCGACUUGUCCGACGACGAAGAUGAUGAUCUUCUCACUGCGUUGCCCAAGAACAGACGUCAAGAAGAGUCUCUUAUUGACUUCCUUCGAAACUCGGAGCCACCCGAGACCAAUAACCCGCGUGCUACUGCAAACGGCAUCAAAUCGCAGAGCGCGAGUGCAGCCGUUCCUCCUCCUCGCGGCAGUUCUCAGAUAGCCACAGGAGGCUUGAAGACUUUCGGAGCAGAUGCAGUGUCCAUGGGUCGUCGUGGCUCAGCUGCAGCUCGGGAUGGCCCACAGGUACCUCCGAAGACCAAUGCACAACGUAACGGCACUACUGCCAUCGCCGUUGGCCCAAUCACAAAGUCGCGGGCAAAGCUUGAGGCUCGCAAUGACGGCCCCAGGAGUGUCAAUUUCGGAGGCACAACCGAACUGGCUGACUUCCUGCGAAGCUCCGGACCAUCCGAGCCUCCUACCAAACAAGUCGACCGCGUUGAGCCUCUUCGCGGAGCUGGUAUGCAAACGAAAUCUUCGGCCAACAUGAACAGACACAACAGCAAGGCGAGCAUUAGCGCUAGUACAAGUAGCAAGAGAAGUUUGAGCGGCUUCUUCAGUAGCGUAUUCGGGUCGAGAAGAAAGCAGCAAUCUGCUGGAUAUCUGGAUAUGUAAUGGAUAAAGGAAAGGAGAGGGAUUCACUACUGAGCCAUUUGCGAGGCUCAUCCAGACCAGACAAUCUUGGAUUUUGAUCUAUUCGAGGACACGGAGUUUUUUGUUUGUUUGUUUGCUGCAGCGCGGCGUUCGCUCAUUGCAUCACGGACGGCAUGUACAGCUUCUAUACCCAGGGAGGAUGUUCAGCAUACACAUCUCGUCUUAUGCUGCUCGUUUGUGUGUUUUCGAGAUACCGUACAUUCGCGUUAAAAGCGCAGUCGAGACAAUUUCCUUGGAAGGAAAGAAUGUGUGUGUGUUUGUGUGUGUGUGUGUGUGUGAGAGAGAGAGAGAGAGAGAGAAAUGGACUAAUGCCUAGAUGUGGCUAUCUGUACAGUUUGUUGUACAGUG